AUGGAUACAUUUCAGUAUCCAAAGAAAUUAAAGACAGAAGGAACAACAAGUGCUGAUUCCAGUGGUGGGACGUCUACCGGUACGUCUACCGGUACGAGUGCUGCUGCUAUAGCUGGUGAAGAUCGUUUACGUGCAAUGGAAGCUCAAUUGGAACAUUUGGAUCCUGAUUCCAAGGAAGCCAAGAAAAAACGUCGAUUGAUACGUAAUCGUAUGUCAGCUCAACUCCAUCGAGAACGGAAGAAAGCUUAUGUUGGUCAAUUGGAAGAUCAAUUACAAGCAAAAGAGAAUCAAUUGAAACGCUUGCAAGAACAACUUGCUGCAUUAGCAAUGGAAAGUGAACAAUUGAAACAACAAUUGAAGCAAAAGAAGCACGAAGAGAUGACGACGACGACGACGACGGCGACGACGACGGCGACGACGACAAUGUGUAUGAGUAUGGAGCAAGAUAUGGUGAUACCAAUUAAGAUGGAACCAGUUUUAGUGGAAAAGAAGGGUAUUGGACUAGAGGAACAGCAUCAGCUAGGACAAGGACUACAGCAACAACAACAACAACAAGCUACGGUUGAUUGGACCGUCUGUUUAGAUGAUGUGGAUGAAGCGAUGGUUGGAGAAGAUUUGCUCUGUGAUCUAGAUGAAUCACCUUUAGCUGCCUAUGGACUUCAUUCAAUUAGUGAAGAUCCAAUGACGACAGCAUUGGCAGAAGAAGAAGAGCGACAGAAAUUACAAGCACAGACGCAAUCGUGCCAUGAGAUUCAUGCUGCAAAAAAAAACUUGGCCAUGAUGAUGGCGAUGAUGUUUUCGGUCACGUUUUGCGGACAGGGUGAGUCAGUUGCAAACGUCACGAGUGGCAGCAACUUUUCCUCGAUGUUUAACGUCGUACCUGUGAAGGAAUUAUCACAAAUGAGCAUUGCAUCACGGAUAGUGGCGUGUCUUGAAAAGACAUCGUGGGAGGACUUCCAGGAUGUGUCCUCGUGGACGGCGUCUGCGGCUAGUGCAGCAGCUGCUGCUGCCGUCGCUGUGUCAGCUGACAAGAAGUCGCGCUCGUCAUCGACCCAAAAGCCAGCGGACUCGCCGUCUGCAUCAUCAGACGUGACGGAUGCGGGAUCGUGUGCUUCUCCAAAGGAGCUAAAGGAUGAUGGCAUGAGCUUUGACACGGAUCUGAUUGAGGAGUUUGUGUACCCAGUGGACGAGCCAUUCGCCCCCGCGCUUGCUGAUACCAAUUGGUUUGGCGCUGACAGUGCCGACUUUGGCCACAGCGACGUUGAGGGCGACGACAAGCCUAUUUUGGAGACCAAGACGACGUUCAAGCCCGUGUCGAUGACCUCGCGUUUGUACGAGAAGUUGACAAAGCUUUGGAACGAAAAGAAUCAAGUGAUUCUGACCGUGCUGAACAGCAAGAACGAAGUGAUUCGGCGUUCUGUAGCAGACAUGAGUACGAUCCGCAAGGGAAUGUCUACCGGUGCUCUCUUCCCGACAACUGCUGCAACCGCUUCGUCCUCGUCAAAUGACAAGCUGCUGAAGCAGCACGACCAUUCGGUCACGUUUCUCUACCCGCUGAGUGCGUUCUCAGAGGACCAGCGUUCGGCUGCCUUUCCUAAUGGCGGUACUUCAGACCAGGUAUUUCUGGAAGUAUCGUGCCAGAUCAAUGGUGUGGCUGAUUCUGUGCUACUAUAG